AUGUCUACCGUUGAAUCUGUGACCGAAAACUUGGCUGCUGCCACCGUCAACGAGACCCCCAGCACCAACGGUACCGCGCCUGCCACCCAGGCCACCGACGCUGCAGUUGCUAGCGCCGAUGAGGGUCGUCGUCUGUACAUUGGAAACCUGGCUUAUGCCACCACCGAGGAGGAGCUGAAGGACUUCUUCAAAGAGUACACCAUCGAGAGCACCUCGAUCCCGGUGAACCCCCGCACCAACCGCCCCGUUGGAUACGCUUUCGUCGACCUUGUGACCGCCAGCGAAGCUACCGCGGCCAUUGAGAGCCUGUCUGGCAAGGAGAUUCUGGCGCGUAAGGUUUCUGUUCAGCUCGCCCGCAAGCCCGAGCCCGUUGAGGCCAAGGAGGGUGCCGCUAGCGGUGGUGAGGGUGCCAGUGGCACCGAGGGUCGCAAGCGCACUGGUGGCCGUGGUCGCGGCCGUGGUCGCGCUCGUGGCCGUGGUGGUCGCGCUGCUCGUGGCCGUGGUGCUCAAGAAGGCGAAGCGACCGUUGGCGAUGUUGUCGCUACCGAAGAGGCUGCUCCUCUCACCGAGACCACCAACGAGACCGAAGCUGCUGGUGCCGAGGGAGCCAAGCAGCAGACUAAGCCCCGCGCUCGUACCCAGAAGCAGCGUGGUCCUCCCGAGGACGGCAUUCCUUCUAAGACUAAGGUUAUGGUUGCCAAUCUGCCUUAUGAUCUGACCGAGGAUAAGCUCAAGGAGAUCUUCUCCGCCUACGAGCCCAUCGGUGCUAAGGUUGCUCUGCGCCCCAUCCCCCGUUUCAUGAUCAAGAAGCUCCAGGCUCGCAACGAGCGCCGCAAGACCCGUGGCUUCGGUUUCGUCAGCCUCGCUACCGAGGAGUUGCAGGCCAAGGCUGUUAGCGAGAUGAAUGGCAAGGAGAUUGACGGCCGUACUAUUGCCGUCAAGGUUGCCAUCGACAGCCCCGGAAAGGAAGACGACGAUGUUGACGCCGCCGCUGAUAAGAGUGAGGAGACCAGCGCUCCCGCUGAAGAGAACUCCACCCCCGUUGAGACCCCCGCCGAGGCCUAA